AUGGAUGGUGCCAAUGGUUCCUCACUGCAGUUAGACUUCCUUUAUCAAGCCACCCGGGUGCAGAGUGGCAUAGAGACCUUAAUGAAAGCAACUGUGCUACUGUCAGUUUCCAUUUCCUUCAUCUAUUUAAACUCCAUCAUGUUUCUUGCGCUAAGGAGCAGGUCCUCUUUCUCUGAGAUGUCUCGCUACAUCCUGUUCAGCCAAAUGCUCAUCAAUGAUUCCAUCCUUUUGAUGAUCACCUCAUUGUUGUACUCCUUGGCCCUUGUCAACCUCACCCUCACCAAGGCUGUCUGCUCCCUUUUUGUCAUGGUGUCCGCUGUCUCCUUCAAUGUUUCCCCGUUGAACCUGGCUGUGAUGUCGCUGGAGCGCUAUGUAGCCAUCUGCUUCCCACUCCACCAUCCUAGCAUUGCCACUCCUGGGAGAACAAAGAUUGUCAUUGUGGUGAUCUGGCUCCUGAGCUCUGUGAACUUCCUAAUUGAAAUAUUUUUCUCAGCCGUCUCAGACCCCUACUUUCUCACAGGCCAUGUAUAUUGCACACGAGAGCAGCUUUUUGUGGCAAAGUGGCAAUACGACAUGUGCCAAGGCUUCAACAGCUUCUUCUUCGUGACGGUCGGGAUCACCAUCAUCUACACCUAUGGAGGUAUUAUGGUGGCGGCCCGGUCCAUCAAAGCCCAGAAGGCCAGCAGGACAGUGCUGCUCCAUUUGAUCCAGCUGGGCUUGUGUCUCACCUCCUUCCUGUAUGGCACCAUUGAGAGGGCGCUAGCAGUAUUCAGCUCCUCACUCUUCAUCAAUCUGCGCUACCUCAAUUUCCUCUUUAUCCUUCUCCUACCCCGCUGCUUGAGCCCCCUCAUCUAUGGCUUGAGGGACGAGAGUGUCCGUUCUGUUUUCUUCUGCUACCUCCGCUGUAGUGCUAGGAGAACCAAACCCAUCACAAUACACUAA